AUGGGUGGUCGCGCCGGAGGUGCUGGCGUGCCCCAGUGGGCGGUGGGUCCACCACCGGUAGAAGCCAGAGACGUCGCCUUCGGUGUCGUAGCCCAUAAGGAGGCAGGGAUCGGAGGGAUCGUGGAAGAGCUGGCUGUAGUCGGUGGUAACGGAAGAGCAGGAAGAGGAGGGGUCGACACGGAGUGCGGCGUGAGCUGCGUAAGCCGAAGCUGCCACGCACCCUGCAACGUGAGGACGAGAUCCUGCGGGAACCCGCCGCCACCCCCACCGGCCGUGGUGGAAGGCGGCGGUCCCGCCGGUGUCGGCACUGGGGGCCCCGACGGCCCCGACGGUCCAGAAGGCAAGGUGGAGCCAAGCGCCGGCGAGGGACCAGCCAGGGGCGCCGCCUUAGCCGCGGAAGAGGCUUUUGAUGGAGCCUUGUGCGGCGGCCAGACAGGCACGCCCGGAUCAGUCGUAGGGUCCAGCAUCUCCGGUGGUCCAGCUUUGGCCUUCGGCGGAGCCCGAUGCGAUCCUCUCUUGGGCGGUGGUGGCCCCCAUGGUUCCUCCUCCGAGGAAGAACUAGUGGAAGAACUAGAUUCCGACUCCUCAGGCUCGGGGUCUCGACGGUCACGUCCUCCACGCGGAGUCCUGGUGCGGGGUCUCCCUUUGGCUGCAGCCGACUUGGCCUUCCGCUUAGGUGGCAUUCUAGCUGUCGCCCGCACCUAUUGCUCAGUGGCUGACGCAGUGCAACUGGACUCGGCUGAGCUCCACGCUUCAGGGCAGGGCCCAACGGGAGUGAAGGUCUCCGUGGCGGCUCAGCCGAAGGUGCAGCAGCAGGAGCAAGUGGUGGUGAUGACGUCCCGGGACGCCGACUGUGCUGCAGAGGUUGAGAAAGUUGGUGGUGACCAUGCACGGGGAUGGCUGCAGCAAUCCUGCCUACGACCUCUACCUGCGCCUGUCAUAGCAGGUGUCUGCUGCUUCUGCCGUCGAGCGCUUACCCAGGCAAGCUGCCCAAAUGAAGACGCCUUCACGCGGGGUGGCCGCCGAAAGCUCAGGGCGGGAUUGCCAACGAUGUGCGAGGCCUGCGCAUUGGGAGCUGCCGAGAGGAAAUCAGAAGGGACCGGUCGCUCCAUAAUGAACUGGUACACCCUCACUGCCAUUGUGGGUGCUUCCCUGGCGUUCGUAUACCUGCGAAGAGCCUCGCUUCCACAGCAGGUGGCCAUUGGGUCGAUUCUGGCUGCGGCUACUUUGAAGCUGUGGGUGUUGCGCUGCUUCGGCGGAUUCGAGGGCGAGCUGUCGCUGGAUGAGAAGCCCCUGGCAUUGGUUGGACAAGGAGCACCGCAAUGGGAGCGCUGUGUCGACGAUGUCUGGGUCCGGAGCUUCUCGAGCGUGCGGCGCUCCCCUUUUUCAGAGGAGGAUCUGGCGAGGUGGUGGGAAGCCGCGCUGGAUCAGACACCCUGGGAGCGCCCCAGGGUACGCGGCGGGCGCCAGCUUCCACGUUCGGCGGCCUGGUUUGUGAAGAAAGGGUGCUCGUGCUGCUACGAGUACAACGGGACUCAAUGGCCUUCCGUUGAAUUCCCUGACUGGCUGCUGGAGGUGGAGCAGGCAGUCUGGGCGGUGCUACGUGAGGGCGAAGGGGCAGCGGAGAUUCUUGAACCCAACUCGUGCGUCGCCAACUUCUACGAAGACGGUGCCCAAUCCGUGGAUUGGCACGCGGACAACGAACCCUUGUUCGAGGGACUUCUGCGCGACUGUCAAAUUGUCAGCCUCUCCCUUGGGGAAACCCGACGUUUCGAGCUGCGGCGGCGGAGAGAUCUCAGCAACCCACUGAAGCACUGCGAUCGAGUUGUGCUGGACCUCCAUGACGGGGACAUUGUCACGAUGGAGGGCUGCUUCCAGAAGCACUGGUACCAUCGAGUCCCCCGGCAGCCGGGAGUCAUUGCGCCUCGGAUCAACCUCACUUGGCGCACCAUCACCUGCCAUUCCGCAAGCUGUGCGAUGCACGUGGCUGCAUGA